CACCACCACCACUCGCCAUCAUGUCCGCCGCGACGCUAUCGGCUGCGUUGCCGCCACCACGCUACGCUCCCACUGUAGAGGAUGCAGACGAUGAUGAACGCGCACAGGCGUCAACAUCCGCUCUUGCUCCAGUCACACGCAUCCCGCCAUACGGACAAAGGAGUGGGUGGAAGCCGCGAAAUCAGGAAGACUUUGCAGACGGAGGAGCAUAUCCGGAAUGCCAUAUCGCACAGUACCCACUGGAGAUGGGCAGGAAGAAGCAGGGCACGUCUGGAGGCUCCCUCGCCCUCCAAGUCGAUGGAGAAGGCAAUGUCCGCUACGAUGCCAUCGUGCAACAAGGUCGUCGCGAGGGACAGCAUGUCCAGUCGCAACACAAGGACCUCGUACCGCUCACCCAGCGCGCCGGAGCCAAGGCAUCUGACAUGCUGCCUGAUCGACCGGAUGCAGAGGCCGUCGCAGAGACUGCACAGCGAACAAGAGCUGCGCUAGAGAAGAUUGUCAACGUCAAGAUCAAGGGAGCGCAGACCAGUCACGUCGAGAAGAAGGGAGGCGACAGCUCCUUCGUGAGGUAUACACCGGGUCAACAAGGGGGCAGCGGCCAGCAACGCAUCAUCAAGAUGACAGAGCAAGUCGAAGACCCUCUAGAGCCACCUCGCUGGAAGUUCAAAAAAGUGCCCAAGGGUCCUCCCUCUCCGCCGCCACCAGUCCUCCGCUCCCCUCCUCGCAAGAUCACAGCUCAAGAACAAAAAGAUUGGGUUGUUCCCCCUUCCAUUUCCAAUUGGAAGAACAACAAGGGCUACACCAUCCCGCUCGACAAGCGAUUGGCUGCCGACGGACGAGGACUGCAGGACGUCCACAUCAACGAUGGAUUUGCGCAAUUCUCUGAAGCACUCGUCCUCGCUGAGCGACAUGCGAGGGAGGAAGUCAGGCAGCGCUCCGCUAUGCAGCAGAAAUUGGCGGCAAAGGAGAAGGCGUCAAGGGAGGAGCAUCUGCGUUUGCUGGCUCAGAGGGCAAGAGAGGAGAGGGCUGGUAUCGCUCCUUCUGCAACGCCGUCAAUGCGGGGUGGCGACGAAGAGGGCGAGGGCGAUGAGGACGGUCGCUUGGCUUCUGUGGGUGGUCCGAUUCGUUACGGCAGCGCUGGACCCUCGGCCCGCCGCAGCGUCUCCAGAUCGGACGAUGGCGACUCUGCCUCUGGCUCAGACUCAGAAGACGACGAGGACGCUCGCCAGCGCGACCGCCUACGUGCCGAGCGACGCCGUGAGCGAGAACGUGAGCUGCGCAUGUCGAACAUGGGCACCGAGCAACGAGCAAAGAUGCUCAUGCGCGAGCAGAAUCGCGACAUCUCGGAGAAGGUGGCGCUGGGCCUAGCCAAGCCCACGGCAAAGGGUGGCGAGGUGGACAGUCGACUCUUCAACCAGGAGAAGCUCAAUGCCUCUUUCGGCGACGAGGAGUCGUACAACUUGUACGACCGCUCGCUUCUCAACGGGUCGAGCGCCGCACAGGCCAUCUAUUCACGUCCGACGCAGGGUGGCUCAGAUGAGGCGUACGGUGGUGGGACGGCUGAAGGAGUGCAGGACGAGCUCAACAGAUCGGAUCGGUUCGGGCUGGGCAAGUCGAAGGCCUUCAGUGGCGCAGAGGGACAAGGCGCUGAGCCGAGAUCAGGACCUGUUCUCUUCGAGAAGGACACGUCUGCCAAUGGGUCGGCGCAGCGCACCAUCAAUGACCCCUUCCAGAUCGAUGCGUUCUUAUCGGAGGCGCAAAGGGGUGCGGCGAGUGGGAGCGGCAGCAAGAGGGAGGGACUGCAGGAGGGCGGAAGUCGUAAGAGGCAGAAGGGUGAUGACGAUUAGCUGAGCCACCUCCCCGUUGUAUCUUAAUGCCAUUCGUAGCCAAGUGCUCGCGAGUGACGGCGUGACGCGUCCCUCGGGCAUUUCUUGGCGUGCGGCGGCAGCCUGUGCACAGCCUUCGUCCAC